AUGAGAUUCAGUUCUAUCUUAUUUGCUGCAGCCACUGCCACUCUCUGCUACCUCCAAGGCACUUCAGCCAUUCCUGUUAGUCUUGAGGCUCGGGCUGCUCCCUCUAGCAAGGUCAUCGUCGGUUACUUUCCUAAUUGGCUCUAUGGUCGUUAUACACCUUCAAUGAUUGAUUUCAGCAAGUAUACUCAUAUUUAUUAUGCUUUUGCUGUCCAAAACAGUGCUGGUGUUCCAAUUUGGGCUGAUACCGGUGUCUUCGAUACCUAUGUUGCUUAUGGUUUCCCCAAGCUUGUCACAUUAGCUCAUGCUGCUGGUGUUAAAGUAAUGGUCAGUGUUGGCGGCUGGUCUGGCUCUACUGGUUUCUCUUUAAUGGCUGCUACACCUGCUACGCGUGCCACUUUCAUCAAAUGGAACGUUGAUUUUAUCAACACUUGGAACACCGAUGGUGUUGAUAUCGAUUGGGAAUAUCCCAACGGUAAAGGAGCUGGUUGUAACGCAGUCAGCGACAAUGAUGUGAACAAUCUCCAAUCACUUAUUCAAGAACUUCGCGCCUCUUUCACGAGUAACUUUGCCAACAAUUACAAGGAAAUCACCAUGGCCGUCCAUAUCACUCCAUUUGGUGGCGAUAAUCCCGUGACUGAUGUAUCUGGAUUUGUUCCUUACAUGGAUCGUUUCCAUGUCAUGGCUUUUGAUGUCAAUGGAGCUUGGAACUCUACAUCUGGACCCAACGCACCUUUCAGAGCUCAAAGCGGUCAUGGCUAUCCUUAUGGAUUUGUUGAAGGUAUUCAAAGCUGGGUUGAUGCUGGUGUUCCUCCUGCCAAGAUUGCUGGUGGAAUUGCUUUCUAUGGUCGUGCCCAAACUUUGACUGUCACAUCUGAUCCCACUACUCAAUACAAUCCUGCCGUUUCUCCUAACCCUCCUCUUGGUGAUUCUCUUGAUGGACCAUGGCAGGACGCUUACUGCUCCAGUGAUACCACUGUCGCAUCUGGUGUCUGGAGAUUUACCAAUAUGCGAUCUCAGGGCCUUCUUACAUCCCCUACUACCGCUGCUGCACCUUGGGUCCGUCACUUUGAUAAUGUUACUCAAACCCCUUGGUUGUAUAAUCCUACCAACAAGCAAUAUAUCUCUUAUGAUGAUCCUAUCUCUCUUGGUGUCAAGACUCAACAUGCUCUUUCUCAAGACCUUGCUGGUCUCUUUGUUUGGUCUGUUGAACAGGACAAUGGCGAGCUUUUGAAUGCAAUUUCACCCAUGGUUGCCGGAAACCCUUCCAAGCCCCCUAUUGGAUCCAGUACCUCUACCAUUGCUACCGCUACUAGCACUGCUACUGUAUCCACCACUUCUGGCACUGCUACUGCCACCCCUACUUCAGGUACUGGAAACUGCGCUGGUGUUGCUACUUGGAAUACCUCAACUGUCUAUACUGGUGGUACACAAGUUGUAUACAAUGGUAACCUUUACAAGGCUCAAUGGUGGACCCAAGGAGAAACUCCUUCUGCCACUGCUGCUAAUGGUGUCUGGCAACUCGUCAAGGCUUGUUAA